UAUUUCAUUCUGCUUGGAAACACGUUACUUUGCCAGCCGAUUAGAAAGAUUAUCUGGAUCGAGUGGUAUAUUGCCAUUUAUGUUUCAGUAAUCAUCUGGUAAGCAGUGAGGAUGGAUGUCUUGGACUGUAUCUUGUUGACCAUACUGGGUGCCAUUGUUGUGUCCCUGUUUGUCAUCAUCUACCUCAAAGUCACCAUGGGCAGGUGUGUGAGUAAGGCUGACCUGUCGGGGAAGACUGCCAUUGUCACCGGAGCAAACACAGGCAUAGGUUUCUACACGGCAUUGGACUUUGCGACUCGUAACGCGCGGGUCAUCCUUGCCUGCAGGAACGCAGGGAAGGCCAAGGUCGCCUGUGACCAGAUCAGACAAGAGACAGGAAAUGAAAAUGUCACUGUGGGAAUCAUAGAUUUGUGCUCACUAACAUCUGUGAGGAAAUUUGCUGAGGAAUUCUUAAAGGUUGAGAGAAGAUUGGAUAUUCUUGUGAAUAAUGCCAGUGUCUUAGGUCUGCCCAAGGAGAUUACCGAUGAGGGACUGGAGUCCAUGUUUGCAGCCAAUCACUUCGGUCCAUUCUUGCUGACCAACCUCCUUCUCGAUUUGAUGAAGAAAACCGGGAGAGCAAGAAUAAUUACAGUGUCAUCCCUAGUAAAUAAGUUUGGUCAUAUAGACUUUGACAACCUGUGUGCAGAGAAGAGCUUUGACAGAUUCCGUAUCUACAACGAUUCCAAACUGGCUAAUGUGAUUUUCACCAAGGAGCUAGCCAGACGCAUGGAAGGGACAGGUGUGACAGCCAACUGCCUUCAUCCUGGCACCAUCAGGACCGACCUGUUGAGGAACAUCCCCUCCUUUGUACAGAUUCCCAUCACCCUGUUUGGCUGUCUGUUCUUUAAGAGUCCCGAUGAAGGGGCCCAGACAUCGAUACACUGCGCUGUUAGUGAGGAGAUGGAGGGAGUCAGUGGACGCUACUACUGUGACUGCCGCGAUGCAGAUAAAUCCGUCAACCGUGUCGCACACGACCUCGGCAUUGCGAAGAAACUUUGGGAAAUUAGUGAAAAGUAUACUGACUUAAAAUGAUAAUGCAGUCUUUCAAAUAUAUACACCUGGAAAAAGUUCAGCACCACCCCAGUUUUUUAAGAAUUGACUCCAAGACUUUUUGCAUUUAUAGAGUUUAUGGAGUUUUGCAUUCAUUUGCGUGACUCUGCUAUGCAGAUGUACCCAGUGUACAUACCAGGUUUUAUAUUUAUACCUCCAUCAAUGCAAAAUACUAUAGAAGUCAAUUCUUUUACCAGUAAACAAACAAGUCAACAAUAAUGACUUCCUAGACUACUUGUUUAAUCAUUAACACAAAAAACUGAAUACAACAAUAAAAAAUCAGUGACAUUGAUCAGUGCAAUAAUGCAACACAAACC